UUUUUUUCUUGUGGGAGUGAUUGAUGAAACGCCCAGCACACAUAUUUCAGACAGUCACUUUCUUUCCAAUCAAUAUAUAUAUAUAUAUAUGUAUGUAUGUAUAUGUAUGCAUCCUGUGAUGAGGCAGAUUAUUUCAGUUAAUUGGUGAUAUCUAAUGAUCGUGUGUGUGUGUGUAUAUAUGCUUAUAAUUGUUUAUUCCGGGGGAGAUGAUCAAGGAUUUAGGGCAGACAUGCGGUGGUUUUCUUGAAUGAGAAGAAUUCACCUGAAAUUCCGCGUUGUGAGUGAACUGUUGACAGAGAGGUUUGAAUUGGAUUUCAUUGAUUUUAUCCAGUAAUUGCGUGUUUCGCGGUAUUUUGCUUGCAGGGUUAUAUGUAUAAAGCUUACCUUUCUAUUACAAAUUUUCCUUGCUAGUCCGGGCGAAGAGAUUGAUUGUGGAUUCCUUUUUUUUUCCUAUCUUUUGGAUAUGUGUCUGGAGUUUUGAUGUUAGGUCACUGGGUCACUGUCAGAGUUUGGAAUUAAGUUGGAUUUGAUAUAAUAUAUAUUUUGAUUUAGGACUUCUGUACAUGAUAUUCUUGAUUUGAUCAAGGAACUGAAAUGGAGAUGAAUUCAAUUAUGGGAUUUCCUUUUGUGUUUGAUUGAGCACGGGGGGCAACAUUGGGGAUUUGACUCAAAUUUCAGUGACGAAUCAAGACUGCGUGCGGCUCUUGUAGUAGUUGGUAUUGAAUGUUCACUGAUGGAAGUUCUGCUCUUUUUAUUGUCUUUGCAUAGAGGGGGGGUUUCUUUGGGUAGUAAUUAAGAAUCUGGCAGGUUCUCGUUGGGUGUAAAGGUUAUUGAUUAGUUUGCUUGAUUAAGCUUGUUAACUAGCUUAUUUUCCAAAAUUGGAGUUUUACCAUCUGUUCUCAUACUCUUGGUUUGGGUUAGACAUGGACUUUAGAGUUGGGAAGAAAUGAGAAUAUCAAAAUGAAAGCAACAGGAGACUUGUUCUGCCAAUGGACAACUCAGAUAGGACAGUCUCUGAUCUGGUAGGCUUAGUUAAAUCUUGGAUCUCAUGGCGGUCCGAGCCUGCACAUGUGUCGAGGGAUUUCUGGAUGCCCGACCGGAGCUGCAGGGUAUGCUACGAGUGUGAUUCACAAUUCACCUUGUUUAACCGCAGGCACCAUUGUCGACUAUGUGGCCGUAUUUUCUGCGCCAAGUGUACUUCAAAUUGGGUACCAACAGAACCGAAUCAACUAAAGAGUCCACCAGAAGAGUGGGAUAAGAUUAGGGUCUGUAACUACUGUUUCAAGCAAUGGAAACAAGGUUUGACGGUGCCCAUGCACAAUGGGCAACAAGUUGCCAGUCUGAACAUCAGCAGUAAUUCACCCACAGAGACCAGUUUCCUUAGCACCAAGUCUAGUACCUGUGGCAGCAGUAACAUAACAUUGGCAUCACUUCCACAAGCACUCACCCCAUUUCAGUCAGCAAUAAUGGAAACAGCUAUAGAAAGGCAAAGUGUUGGAUUAGGAAAGACCAAUGAACAAGCUGUGGACAUUGGAGAACCGAAUGUGUCUCAAAACAAAUUUGGAUUUUGCCAAAACAGGAGUGAUGACGAUGAUGAAGAAUUUGGACUCUCUUGUUUAAGUUCGAGAACAAGUAAUUUCACCGAGGUCAAUGGUUAUUACGGUCAUAUUCAGUUUGAUGAUUUUGACACCGACUAUAAAUCACGUAAAGUUCAUCCUGAUGGAGAUGCUGUUGACUCAAAAAGUAUGAGCGGCUCUCCUGUACAUAAUACUUUUCAUUCGCAAAUUUCUGAAGAAGUCCAGAAGAUUGUGAGACAGGAUGUCGAACAUGAUAUUAGUGAGGAUUGUGAGGCACCUUCAUCAUUGUAUGUGGCUGAGGAUGUUGAUGCUGAACCUGUGGACUUUGAAAACAACGGAGUUCUUUGGCUCCCUCCUGAACCAGAAGAUGAAGAAGAUGAAAGGGAAGCACUUUUAUUUGAUGACGACGAUGAUGAUGAUGGGGAUGCUGUUGGAGAAUGGAAAAAUUUUCGUAGUUCAAGCAGCUUUGGGAGUGGGGAGUCUCGAAGUAGGGACAAAUCCAAUGAGGAGCACAAGAGAGCUAUGAAGAAUGUGGUUGACGGUCAUUUUCGGGCUUUAGUAGCUCAACUCUUGCAGGUGGAGAAUUUGCUUGCAGAGGAUGAAAAUGACAAAGAGGGUUGGUUAGAAAUAAUUACAGCAUUAUCGUGGGAGGCUGCAACAUUGUUGAAGCCAGACACAAGCAAGGGGGGGCAAAUGGAUCCGGGGGGAUAUGUGAAAGUAAAAUGUUUGGCUUCAGGGCGUCGAAGUGAGAGUUUGGUGGUCAAAGGAGUUGUUUGCAAGAAGAAUGUUGCUCAUCGACGGAUGACAUCAAAAGUAGAGAAACCUCGCUUGCUAAUCCUCGGAGGGGCUCUCGAAUACCAGCGGGUUUCUAAUGCUCUUUCAAGCUUUGAUACUCUGUUGCAACAGGAAAUGGAUCAUCUUAAAAUGGCUGUUGCAAAGAUAGAUGCACAUAAUCCUGAUAUUCUUCUGGUGGAGAAAUCUGUUUCUCGACAUGCACAGGAAUACCUUCUUGCAAAAAACAUUACGCUUGUUUUAAAUAUUAAAAGAACACUUUUGGAGCGCAUAGCCCGCUGCACUGGCACCCAGAUUGUUCCUUCGAUUGAUCAUCUAUCAUCGCAGAAAUUAGGAUACUGCGACAUGUUCCAUGUUGAGAGGUUCUUAGAGGAGCAUGGCAGUGCUGGUCAAGCUGGGAAGAAGCUGGUGAAGACACUGAUGUAUUUUGAAGGUUGUCCAAAGCCACUGGGCUGCACGAUAUUACUUCAAGGUGCCAAUGGUGAUGAGUUAAAGAAAGUGAAGCACGUUUUGCAAUAUGGAGUUUUUGCAGCUUAUCACUUGGCUCUGGAGACUUCUUUUCUUGCUGAUGAAGGUGCCUCUUUGCCACAACUUCCAUUGAACUCCCCAAUUACGGUGGCACUUCCAGAGAAACCAUCUGUCGUUGACAGGUCUAUAUCAACCGUACCUGGUUUUGCAGUUACAGCCGGUGAAAAAACUCCUGGUUCUCAAUAUGUUGGUGAACCACAGAGGUCUAAUAGUGUGCCAACUUCAGAUCUCAUAAAGGUAACAGGUGCAUCCAUUCAGGGGAAAGAAUGUUCAGGGACAUAUAACCUUCCUGUUCCAAUUGGUUCUCAGCAUGCCGAGCCGCUUCUCUUGUCUUCUGUCAAAGAUUUUCUUCACUCUGCUUUAGAUGAGCCCUCGGUUCAUCAUGCAUCAGUAGAUCAAGGCAUUGUUGAUUUGGCCAUGUCUUCAGAGGCAAAACCUUUUGAAGUGGACAGACUUGCUGCCACCGGAGAUAGCCAUCUCUCUAGUGAUCUUGGAGUCUCAAUAAUUGCUGGAAAUGAUUACUGUAAUAUUGAUGCUACCCCAAAUGCUUCAGAGCUAUCAUUUUUGCAAACUGACGUAAAACUUCCUGAAGAACAAACUGCUUUGAAAGAAGAGUUUCCUCCUUCUCCGUCAGACCAUCAAAGCAUCUUAGUCUCCUUAUCAUCUAGAUGUGUAUGGAACGGCACUGUCUGCGAAAGAUCCCAUCUGUUUCGGAUCAAGUAUUAUGGUAGCUUUGAUAAGCCAUUGGGUCGAUUUUUACGCGAUCAUUUAUUUGAUCAGAAUUAUAUAUGUCGCUCAUGUGAUAUGCCUGCUGAAGCUCAUGUUCAGUGUUACACUCAUCGACAAGGUACCCUUACAAUCUCUGUGAAGAAACUACCUGAAAUUAUUUUACCUGGUGAAACAGAUGGAAAGAUUUGGAUGUGGCACCGUUGCUUGAAGUGUCCAAGAGCUAAUGGCUUCCCACCUGCAACCAGAAGGGUUGUAAUGUCUGAUGCUGCAUGGGGAUUGUCCUUCGGGAAGUUUCUGGAGCUAAGCUUUUCAAACCAUGCUGCUGCUAGCAGAGUGGCAAGCUGCGGCCAUUCUUUACAUAGAGACUGUCUCCGGUUCUAUGGAUUUGGGAAAAUGGUUGCUUGCUUUCGUUAUGCAUCAAUUGAUGUUCAUUCAGUGUACCUGCCUCCCCCAAAACUUGAUUUCAACUAUGAAACUCAGGAGUGGAUAGAACGAGAAUUGAAUGAGGUGGUUAGGCGAGCUGAGCUUUUGUUCUCUGAAGUGCUAAAAGCUCUUUAUCUUCUGGUAGAAAAGAAAUCAGGCCGAAGUCUGCUCAAUGGUGGCAUGAACAUUACUGAAUCAAGGGGCCAGAUAGCAGAUCUAGAAGGAAUGUUGCAGAAGGAGAAGUCAGAAUUUGAGGAAUCAAUCCAGAAAAUUUUGAACAAGGAGGCAAAAAAAGGCCAACCUAUCAUUGAUAUUCUGGAGCUUAAUCGACUCCGAAGACAACUAAUCUUCCAGUCUUACAUGUGGGACCACCGCCUAAUAUAUGCAGAUAGUGUAGAUGUUGAGAACGAACCCGAUGUUGUGGAGGUUACCUCUUCAGAGCCCAUUCAGAAACCGCCCAGUGAUACUGAGAAGAAUCUUGACAGAAAUGCCCUAGUUAAGAUUAGUAAGUUUUUAGGUAAUUCUGAGUCUAUUGCUGCAGUUACAAAGCCUGAACAAAAUCCGGAUCAUGGGGUAAGUGAUAUGCCCAACAAUCACUCUGAGAUCAGCCAUCAAAGAAGCGAUGUAUUUCUUAACUCUGAUCAUGGAAAUCAAAAUCCACUUGCACUUUCUCAUGGGACACAGGCCACUGAUGAAUCUGAUCCUCUGUUAUCCGGUGCUACUGUUCGUAGAGCACUCUCUGAUGGGCAAGCUCCUGUUUCUUUAUCAGAUACCCUUGAUGCAGCAUGGACUGGUGAGAGUCACCCUUGUACUGGAAUCCCCAAAAACAAUAGUUUUUCUGGAUUAGUUGAAGCACAUACUUCAUCCGCCGUUGGAGUAUCUGACAAGUUGGACGUGGAAGACCAUAAGGACGACCUUACCAUGUCUAAGGUGUCUCAGUCACCUUCAGUGUCGUCCACCAAAGGUUCGGAUAAUGCGGAAGAUACUGUAAGCUGGUUAGGUAUGCCGUUUGUAAGUUUCUAUCGAUCGUUAAACAUAAAUUUUCUAGGGACUGCUCAGAAAUUGGAUACACUGAGUGAAUAUAAUCCAGUAUACAUCUCGUCGUUUCGGGAGUCCGAACUCCAAGGUGGGGCGCGGUUGCUCCUACCUGUGGGAGCUAAUGACACUGUUAUUCCGGUGUAUGAUGAUGAGCCAACAAGUAUUAUAUCAUAUGCGCUCGUUUCGCCUGAUUAUUUUGUCCAGCUAUCAGAUGAGCCUGACCGGCCAAAGGACACUGCAGAGUCUUUGAUUUCUAUGCAGUCCCUUGAUUCUGGGAACUUUCCGUCAUUUCAUUCUUUGGACGAAAUGUUGGAAUCUUACAGAAGUCUUGGAUCUGUAGACGAGAGCUUUUUAUCCUUAACAAGUUCUCGUAAUUCCUCAUCUUUGGAUCCCCUCUCACAUACAAAGGCUUUGCAUGCCAGAGUGUCUUUUGGGGAUGAUGGACCUCUUGGGAAAGUCAAAUACACCGUUACCUGUUACUAUGCUAAGCGUUUCGAAGCCUUGAGGAGGAUAUGUUGUCCAUCUGAGGUGGAUUUUAUUAGAUCCCUCAGCCGCUGCAAGAAGUGGGGAGCACAAGGUGGCAAGAGCAAUGUCUUCUUUGCAAAAACUUUGGACGAUCGAUUUAUAAUCAAGCAAGUUACAAAGACUGAGCUGGAAUCCUUCAUCAAGUUCGCUCCAGGUUACUUUAAGUAUCUUUCUGAAUCAGUUGGCUCCCGAAGUCCAACAUGCCUGGCAAAGAUACUUGGGAUUUAUCAGGUUACAUCCAAACAUCUCAAAGGAGGGAAGGAAACAAAAAUGGAUGUACUGGUUAUGGAGAAUCUUCUGUUUGGAAGAAACAUUACAAGGCUUUAUGAUCUGAAAGGAUCUUCCCGAUCACGGUAUAAUCCUGAUUCUUCUGGAAGUAAUAAGGUUUUGUUAGACCAGAACUUGAUUGAGGCGAUGCCUACUUCUCCAAUUUUCGUUGGAAACAAAGCCAAAAGACUAUUAGAACGAGCAGUCUGGAACGAUACUGCUUUCCUUGCUUCAAUAGAUGUGAUGGACUACUCGCUCCUAGUUGGGGUCGAUGAAGAGAAGCAUGAGCUUGUUCUUGGAAUUAUCGACUUUAUGAGACAAUAUACAUGGGACAAGCACCUCGAAACUUGGGUUAAAGCUUCAGGUAUCCUAGGCGGACCCAAAAAUGCUUCUCCAACCGUAAUUUCUCCAAAGCAAUACAAGAGGAGAUUCCGAAAAGCCAUGACCACCUAUUUUCUGAUGGUUCCUGAUCAAUGGUCGCCCCCGACAAUUGUGCCUAGCAAGUCUCAGACCGAGUUGUCCGAAGAUAGCUCACAGCAUGGGCAAAGCUUGACGUCUGCUGAGUAACAACCUCAUUCACUUGUAUAUUUCAAACCUACAACUUCCAAAUUGCAUUCCAGGUCUCAGUUUUUCGUUGUUCAUAUAUUAGUUUACCCUAUUUUUUCUAUUCUUUCGGAAUCCAGUUCCGCCUGAAUUCUCUCUAGAAUGAGAAUUCUUGAUUGUUUCUUAGGAAAUUUGCAAAAAGUUAUGGCAGUUCGGCCGUGCAAAAUCUCCUGGUCUAAAUGUUGGACGACCUCCUAGAAAAGUUCGUUUUGUACACAUGUUUUCUGUUGUUAUCUUCUCUCCCAUGUUUUUGUACUUGGAAGAAGCCAAGUUGUACAUGGACUGGUAUAUGUUGGUGUAGUUUUUGUAUAAAUUGAGGUUUCUUGAAUCA